CGCAACACAACUCUUUGUGUCGCUGACAUUCGACGUUCACCGCCUCCUCUGUUUACAACUGCGAGUCCAAAUCUGGCCCAAGUACCGAACAAAGCCGGGACCUCUUAUCUCUUCUCGUCGCCGAUUUUCGCUUGCAACGACCUUAAUGGAUCUGUAGGAAACAGGAAACCCAUCCAGACAUUCGAGCAUGACAUCUUCCUCAACCGAAGUCCUUGAGGCGACAGAACUCUAUUCGCCGGGGGCGGGAGCGGACACUACGACCCAUUCGCCCACCGACAAGUAUAGGGCCGAGUGGAAUGACCUCAAGACUGAUUUGCUUCACAACAACUUAGAAAAACUGCGACAAUUGGCCUUCGACGGCGACCUAAAGGUAUCCAAAUUCAGGAGCAUAUGCUGGUCACUGCUAUUGCGGGUACUAAACGACGGCCCUGGCGACUGGGUUAAUCAACGAGAGAAACAGCGAACAGGAUACCUCAAACUUAAGGACGAAUUUGCCAAAAAUCCCCACACUGGAGCCGAUAAGAACGAUGACCCUCUAUCGCAAUCCCAACAGAGCCUCUGGAAUCAGUAUUUUGGCGAUCAAGAACUAUUGGCUGUUAUCAAACAAGAUGUUGUACGAACAUUCCCUGGAGUAGACUUUUUUCGCAAACCUCUGAUUCGAGAUACAAUGACAAAUAUUCUAUUCAACUAUGCCCGCGAACAUCCCUAUAUGUGCUAUCGUCAAGGCAUGCAUGAGAUUCUGGCACCGAUUCUGUUUGUCAUGCAUAGCGACCAUCAAGCGCUUCAACACGUCCAAGAAGUGACUAAAGAUAUCGAUCCAAUUUUAGCUGAUGUACUGGACCCACAGUAUUUGGAGUCUGACUGCUAUUGUAUAUUUUCUCGUGUCAUGUCCAAAAUCGAAUCCUACUAUCGCAUUGUCAACAUGGUUCCUAAUUCGCAGGGAUAUUUUCCAACCCAAUCUGAAUUACCGUCACCAGAUACGCCUUUACCUCCCGAAAAUGAAGUCAUCGGCCAACUGAACUUCAUUAGAGACAAGAUUCUCGCUAAAACUGAUCUCCACUUGCAUAAUCAUUUGUUGAAAUUAGAUAUUCCGUUGCAUAUUUUUGGAAUUCGAUGGCUUCGGCUCUUGUUUGGCCGUGAAUUCCAACUACAAGACUUACUCAUGCUCUGGGAUGCAAUUUUCGCCGACAGUGAUACAUUUGAUUUGCCAGAUUAUAUUUUAGUGGCAAUGCUAAUAAGAAUACGUGAUAAGCUUCUAUUGAGCGAUUACACGACAUGUUUAACACAUUUAAUGCGCUAUCCAAAUAAUGUUGAUAUUUCGUUGAUAUUACGACAUGCAUUGCAUAUGAAGAUUCCUCAAAAAUAUGAACUUCCUCCUGGUGCCUUUGUUUACGUUACAUCAAGACCUGAUAACAAAACCUCAUCCCAGCUUAAUAAAAACCAAAAUGCCGCAACUCUUCCCAGGCAAUCGGCAAAUUCAAAAGCAGUCUCGAAACAUAUAAAUCAAAAACCUCAAGCAACAUCUAGAAGCCGUGCGUCCUCAUUGAAUUCGAAUAGUAUCCAGUUAUCGUCAUCAUCUGCUUCUACAGAUAGUCAAUUGCAAAGCAAACUUCGUGAUUUACAGUAUUCUGCAAGUAGCAAUAUUGAACAUUUACCAACUAGUGGCGAAAUACGUGAGAACGAUAUACGUAUCGUGGACGGAUACCGAGAGAAUCGUUCGUCCCUACAGAGCCCCGAAGUGCUUCGUAUGGAACUUCAACAAGCCCAGAAAAUCCUAUACGUGGGUCGAUUACAAUUGAAGAAAUAUGCAGAAAUAUUACGGCGGCAUAUCCCGCAAAGUCAUUCCGAAGAGCUGAAUCAAACUUUAGAUGGAAUCGAGGAAUUGUGCUCAUUUUUGGAUGUUCGAUUUUCCGUUCCUGAUCCCCUUCGUGAACGUGUGGAUCCAGCACAUGAAGCCGAUGAAGCGAACAAUGCAAAAACAGAACACAAAACUCUGAAAGCUGCCGUUUCUAAAACCAGUGAUCCACAACCUGUUCCGAAAACACAAAAUUCAAAACGAAUUCAUCCAAGCGAGUCGCAAUCAAAGAAAGAAUUUGUGAAAAGUCUAGAUGAGGGAUCAUCGUUCGAAAUUCAAAUAGGAGAAAACGGUCUACCAUUAAAGAAAUCAAACGUAAAUCAACAUAAAGACAGUAAUGCCGAACUGAAACCCCUGUCAGGAGUGAGUCCAGAAGACGUUCCCAGUGUCUCCUCAAGCUCAUCCGGAACACGGUAUGAAAUUCCUGACAAUGGAUUUAUGAAGAAGUCGAAAAAAAUCCUUGGUGCUCGAAAGGAAGUUGAAUUGACAUUGUUCCGACAAACAAACUGUGAUGACAAAGAAGGUGUUCCAACUGCCGAUCCAGUUGGAAGUCGCGAGAACGACGACGAAGACGAGUAGCUUGGUUAAGGAAAGUAUUCAUAUUAUUAUUGCACUUUUAAAUAUUUUUUUUAUAGAAAGAGGAGAUUUUUACUCUUCUCUUAGUCUUUCUUUCUGUUUGGUGUCUCUGUAACGAUAUAAUUGAGAGUUCCAAAUAUAUAUUAUUUGAAACUUAUUGAAAAAUGCAAGUCUGGUUUUUGUGAAUAAAUUCCGAAAAAACAUAUA